AUGUACAACGGUAUCGGGCUAAAAACAGUCCGCGGUACAGGCACGAACGGCUACAUCCAACGCAAUCUCUCCAACUUUCGACCUCGAGAUAACCCUUUCAAUAAAUCCUCCUCCUCCCGCCACUCGUCUUCUUCGGAGACACGCCAUGUUCAGCCAGACGCUGCAAUCCUAGAACACGAACGAAAGCGAAAGGUGGAAGUAAAAUGUAUGGAACUCCGAGUCCAGUUAGAGGAUGAUGAUGUGGAAGAAGAUGAGAUUGAAAGUCAGGUUAGUGCGCUGAGGGAGAAACUUAUGGCAGAAUUAGAAAGGGAGAAGGAACCAAGUGUCGAAGUAGGACCGAGUAGAGAGGAGAGAGGAAAGUUGAGACAAGGAGAGACGCAUAAGCUACUCCAAGCUAAACAAGCAGAUGAUCGCCGGUUAGCAUCCGCUUUAGGUAUGGAAAGUGGGUACAGAGAGGGGGAUGCCUUUGAUCGAGAGUUGCAGGAGAGAAAGAAACAGGAGAGGCUCGAAGAGAGGAGAAAAGCUGAUGAACAGAGGAAACUCGAUUGGGAGAGAAAGAAGAGGGAGAGGGAAGACGAGAAGAGGGCGAGGGAAAGGAGAGAUGGUGGCUGGGGCGGUCGAGGUUCACAAAGAUCCCCUUCCCCGAGACCGAAGAAGAGAGGGAAGUAUGAUAGUGAGAGUGAUAGUGAGGAGUAUUCCACUGAUGAUUCUCGUAGGGAACGUAAAGGAAAGGAUGUUGGGAGGCGGAGGAAAAGGACUAGAUCGCCGAGCUUUUCGGAUUCGAGAUCUAUUUCGUCUCGUUCGAGGUCGAGGUCGAGAUCGCCUGUCAGGAGACGAAGUAGACGGUCUCCUUUGCGAUCGAUAUAUAAAACGAGGUCAAGGUCGAGGUCGAGGUCGAGUGAGAGCGGUUCGUACUCAUCUCGCAGUCGCAGUCGCAGUCGCACCCCUCCACGACGCCGUGUACGAAGCAGAAGCAUCAGCAGCCGAAGUCGCAGCAGGAGUGCAAGCUACUCUUCCAAAAGUCCAAGCCCAAGCCCAAGCCCAAGCCUAAGCCCAAGCCUAAGCCCAAGUAGGAGUAGAUCUCCGCCACGCAAAACCAGAGGCAGAUCACGAUCUAUUACACCCCUUUCUCCUUCCUCCCGCUCCGACUCUCUCUCAGUAUCUCGUUCAAGAUCUAGAUCGCCAGUGCGCAGAAGGCGCAGACCGAGUGUUAGUUCUGGGUCUGGAUCUAGAUCAAGAUCGAUUGAUUCAAGGUCAAGGUCGAGGUCUGUUGAUUCACGAUCAGCCACACCACCUCCUCGGGGAGGUCCGAAAAGAGCGAGAGUCAGAGAUGCGUUCUCUCCCUCCCCCUCCCCCUCCCCCUCCCCCUCACGCUCACGCUCACGCUCACUCUCCCGCUCAAGCUCAAGAUCAAGAUCAAGAUCGAGGUCCAUCUCUGCAGUCAGACGAAAGCCACCUGGACCUCCGCCUGCACGCCCUCCCGGCCUCUAA